CUGCCGUCGUCAGGCCGCUCUGUGUCCGUGUUCGGCGCCUCCUCACUGAGUCUGCAGUGUGACGGCGACAACGCGCUGAAGCUGAUGAUCAGAUUUAAGGCCGACCUGUCCGACCUCCCGACCUCUGACCUCCCCGACCUCCACGACGUCAGUCUGUUUCUGAAUGAGACCAAACUCCUGGAGGGGGUGCAAGGUGUUCUGGGUAAUAUUCGCUCCGUGCUGACAUCAGAGCCCAAACUGGUUUCCGUGACAACACCGACUUUUGGCUGUUCCAGCGGUUACCACCUGGACAGGGAUGGUGACGGUUGCAUCGUUUGUCCUGCUGGGAGUUUCUCCAGGGAGGGGGCGUGUCUUCUGUGUCCUCAGGGAACCUAUCAGGAUGAAGAGGGGCGGGACUUCUGCAACAAGUGUCCCACAGGCUCUUCCCCUGCUGGAACGUCAUCUGUCAAUCAAUGUGUGACAGAGUGUCAGAGGCGGGGCCUGCGGUGUUCAGAGCAAGGUGACUUCCUGCUAGCGCAGCCUGACUUCCUGUCUGGCAGGUGGAGGUGUGUCAACAGUGAGGAGGCGGAGCUUGAGUGGACGAGCAGUGAGAAACCUCUGACAGAUGACGAGUGCUCAGUUCUCCGCAGGUUUCAGGCUGUUCCUGCAUCAGAUGUUUCUGUCGGCGCGGAUGACGCUGAUGUUCUGAAAACGAUGACCUCUGACCUCACUUCCUGUGUCCAAGCUUGUGCAGUGGAGCCGUCCUGCCACCAUGUGGCGCUGUUCAACAGACAGACUGAGUGUGAACUGUACAGCACGCACACACUCAACACACACUGCAACACCUCUCAGCAGACCAGUGGGUUUCUGGGUAAUCCUCAGGCCGAGCUCUUUGAUUGGCUAAGCUGCUCUUUGAGAGUCAGGGGCGGAGCUUCAGAUCUAGUGGUCAUCAGGAAGAAAGGUUCUGUAACCACGGCGAUAAGAUGACUGGCAUUAACAAAACAA